UGAAAAGCAGGGGAGCCCGGGCCGCAGAAGCAGAGAGCAGACAGUGUCAGUCCGCACACACCGCGGAGGAAACAAAACCGAGAGUCUUUUGAGUCAUGGCAGCCGGGAGAAUGCGCUCCACUCGCAGACUGCGCUCCUGGAUCGUCGAGCAGGUCAGCAGUGGUAAAUACCCCGGGCUGGUGUGGGACGACGAGGCCAAAACUAUGUUCCGCAUCCCGUGGAAACAUGCGGGGAAACAGGACUUCCGCAAAGACGAGGACGCCGCCAUCUUCAAGGCGUGGGCGGAGUUCAAAGGGAAGCUGACGGAAGGGGGUCAGGACAACCCGGCGUCCUGGAAGACCCGCCUCCGCUGCGCCCUCAACAAGAGCCCCGAGUUUAAGGAGGUGAUGGAACGAGCCCAGCUGGACAUCUCGGAGCCGUACAAGGUUUACCGCCUGGUCCCGUUCAGCGAGCAGGGUUUAGUCGCUCCUGAGAAGAAAUGCAGAGAAAAAACUACGAGGAGGUCGAAAAGGAGGAGCAGCGAGUUGGACAGCGACGACGUCAGUAACGUCAAGCAGAUAAAGACGGAGGAGGAGUUGGCGGUGUCUCAGCUGUGUGUUGAAGACGCUCUGCUGCAGAGCGACAUCAUCAUCCAGGCGGAGGAGCCCGUGCAGUACACCUCCACCGUUCAGAGAGACGUGGUCGACGAGAUCCAGCUGGACGUCCGGAUCGAGGAGACCGUCGCUGAUUCUCAAGGAGACCAGGACUCCUUCAACGUGGAGAUUCACUAUUUAGGACAGGAGGUUCUCAAACGUCAAAUCCAGGGCACCGACGUGCGGAUAACGUACCUGCCGUCCUCCCUCGUCCCCCCGACGCCGGCCGCCCUCAAAGUCAGGUUCCCUCGCAUCCCUCUGCCGGAGCCGCCCUCCACGCUGCCGGCCGGCCAGGAGCUGCAGGCGCUGUUCACCCUGCUGCCCUUCAUGGAGAAAGGCGUGUUGCUGACCUCGGGGAGGCAGGGGGUGUACGGGAAGCGGUUCUGCCAGGGGCGGGUCUUCUGGACGGGGCCGCACACGACCACGCCGGGGCUGCACAAGAUGGAGAGAAACAACGAGCCGGUGCUGCUCUUCAGUAAAGACGUGUUCAAGCAACAGCUGGAUCACUUCCGGUCAAACGGCGGCGAGCCUCCUCAGUGCGGCGUCACUCUGUGUUUCGGAGAAGAGCUGAAUAACACCGAGGACCCGUCCGGAAAACUCAUUAUUGUCAAGAUCACUUUCCCGUGGGCGGAGCAGCAGAUCCAGAACGCUCAGUCCAUCUUCGAGUCCAUCACCAUCCUCCAGUCUCUGGCCAGUCAGUCUCCUCUGGGAGAAAUAACUCUGAACCUGGUCACCGUUCCUUCGCCAACAUCCGACACCAUCACCUGCGGGACCUUCUGAGCACUUUACCCAACAUGGGGGGGUGGGGGGGUUUCAUUCCAAAAAAUAUGACACCCCUCCCCCCACUGUUUAAACCCAGUCUCACAAAAUGAGACCAAGAGGGCUGAGCGAUGUGUCGACAUGUUUAACAUUCACCACUGAAUGAUCGCCGAUGUCAAAAUAAGAGUCUGUGUGCAUCUUAUUACACACCACUCAUCCCUGAACGGAGCCCAAAAUAAAAGCAUAGCACUUAAGACACGUAACUUUUAGGUUAGGUAUUCCAGAGCUUUAACACUUUAUGACCAGAGAUCACAUUGUGAACGCACUGUCCCCUGGAAGUGGAUUUUCACGGCCGGACUUUGGCCCCUGACGUCCCUGAAGAGAUUCGUUGGUGUACUGGAAGCACUACACGUAAACCAACACUCGUCUGUACUCUUUGAGAAGAACUGAGUUAACGUCACGUUUUUAAAUUUCCUCUAAGCCAGAGGUUCAGGAUCCCCUCAACGUUAAAUCAACAGGAUAGAAAAACAACAACAAAAAAAAAACAUGUUUUCAUUGUAAAUUACUGGAUAACUGAAGGUGCUUUUAUGUAUUCAAAGGACAGAAAAACAAAAUAGCGUCACAAGCUAAAGAGGCAGUGAACCACGGCUUGAAUCAGCUCUUAACUGUUUAUACUACAGCACUAUAGAAACCUUUAGAUAUAAAAUAUUCAUUUUACUGUAAAAUAAAAAGGGAAAUAGUUUAAGUGAAGUUGUAGCUGCAAUUAAAAAAAAAGUUCAGUAGAGCAGUAGUCAGAAAUAUCAUGUAUCCUCACCAUAGUUGUAUUUUGUUUUUGUUUUCAUUUUCAUCAUCAUCAUCAUCAUCAUCUACUGAAAUUGAAACUCAAACUCGUUUUUCAUGGAAGGUUUUUGUUCGUGAACACAAGACAUGGAUGUACGUACAGAUGUGGGUUGGUUGUCGGUGUUUUAAUAGAUAAAGUUUCACAUUGUUGAGACGGACAGAACGCCGCGGCCUCCCUCUGAGGCGCUGCGGCUCAGUCAGGACACGUUAAAGGAAAAAUCCAUCUGUGUUAGAAAUCGCUCGUUUCAGUGCAUUUUUUUUUUUUUUUUAUUACAGGAGAAGCUAAUGUUGCAUUUACUGAACCUACUGAAAAACUUGAUUAGUGUUUUGAGAGUUACUAGUUGUUAGUUGUAGAUUACAAGAGGUGGACAAAAGAACAGAAGCAUCUUAUAAUUAAAUACAGCAGCUCUGCAGUAAAUACUGUGCUGAAGCUCAGAGUGUUUGUCUGUGAUGAAGCUUUUAUACUCCUUUUUAUAAUGUGGCAGUUUGGCAAAAAUGUGAAGCAAAUAUCCUGUUAAAUGUCUGUGUUCCUCUUAACACAGCUAGCUGUUUUUGGCAAGAGCUGGCGGAUUUAUAAAAACAUUUCCUCUUGGAAAGUCACAAGAUUAGUUUAGGCAAGAACUCGUGAACUGAAAAUACAAAAGGCAGCUUCACAAGUGAGUCAUGUUAAGUCAAAUAAGCAUGUGCGUGUGUGGCCUCUAUAAAAAAAAAAAAAAAAAA